AUGGAUAAAGGUAGCAGUGAGGGAACUCCCAUAGAGAUCAUUCCAGGCCAUCUCUACUGGAUCUCUGCUAAGAAAUCCCCAAACUCUAAGGCUUCUGCUUUCUUCUUCAACGUAGAUGAUGAUCUGGUUUAUGAACCCUUUCACAAAGACUUUGGGCCGCUCGAUCUUGCCAAAGUGCACAGGUUUUGAAUUGAAUUACAAAACGUGCUUAACGUUGAUGAAUAUAAGAAAAGUAAAAUUUAUCACCACACUUCUCUUGACAAAGAGAAACAAUCAAAUGCUGCUUUCUUAAUGGGCGCAUUCAUGAUCAUAGUGCUAAACUUCACUGCUGAUGAGGCAUGGGAAAAGUUUUCAAGCUACCAUGAGUCGCUCAAGCCAUUCAGAGACGCCACGAAAGGAAUCUCAAUUUAUAAAUGCUCUAUAAAAGAUUGUCUUGAUGGUUUAUACCAUGCAAUCAAAUUGGGCUGGUACAACUUCAGCAGUUUCGACUUAAAAUAAAUACGAGCAUUAUGAGAAAGUAAAUCAUGGAGAUAUGAACUGGAUAACUCCUAAAAUUAUCGCUUUCAGCAGUCCAUCAGAAGAGGAGGAAGAUGAAGAAGGUUACAAAACUUUUACUCCAGACGAUUACUCCCCAGUUUUUGAGAGGCAUAAUAUUGGCACAAUCAUUAGACUGAACAAUCGGUCUUAUAACGAGCAGCGCUUCAUAGAUAAUGGAUUUAAGUUUGAAGAUUUAUACUUCGUUGAUGGCACUUGUCCUUCAAAAAGAAUCAUCAAGAAAUUUUUGACCAUUGCUGAAGCAGAAGAGAAAGGAAUCGCAAUACAUUGUAAAGCAGGAUUAGGAAGGACAGGAGCCCUUAUCGGGCUCUAUUGAAUGAAACACUACGGAUUCCCUGCAGCUGCCUUUAUAGGCUGGAUCCGGAUCUGCAGACCUGGCUCAGUCCUUGGAACACAACAACAUUUCCUUCUAGAAAUGGAAAAAGAAAUGUUUGAGCAAGGAGGGAUAAAAGAAAAAUCUUUGGCUGAUGACAUUGAAAAUAUCUCAUUAGAAGAAAACAAAUAUGAGCAAGCAGAUGAUGAUAAAGACACUAGUUAUCGGGAAAAAGGACAAAUUCUUAAGAAUGCUCGAAAGAAACACCCUACAGCCUUAUAUGAGCAGGAGAUAAUUGGAAAAGCAGAUAAAAAGGAUGAAAAUGGUCAUGUAUGGCCAGAAAGGAAACGUUCCAUCCUUGAUUAA